GAAGCAGCACCAGCAAGGCGACUACGAGCACCACCAGCAACAUGAUGUCCAACCACGGCGGCCUCGGCGACACGGCCCGGCGGUGGCGCGAGCUCCACGGCGUCGGCGGCGACAACAGCGGCUGGGCGGGGCUGCUGGACCCGCUGGACCUCGACCUGCGCCGCACCGUGCUCCGCUACGGCGAGAUGGCGCAGGCGACCUACGACGCCUUCAACCGCGAGCGUUCGUCGCCGCACGCGGGUCUGUCCCGCUUCGCCAGGGCGCGCUUCUUCGACCGGGUGCGGCUGCCGGCGCACGCCGCCGCGUACCGGGUCACCAGGUUCCUGUACGCCACGUCGUCGGUGGCUUUGCCGGACGCCUUCAUGCUGAGGUCCGUGUCCAGGUCGCGCCGGUGCAGGGAGUCCAACUGGAUCGGCUACGUCGCGGUGGCCACCGACGAAGGGAAGGCCGCGCUGGGCCGCCGCGACGUCGUCGUCGUGUGGCGCGGCACCAUGCAGAAGCUGGAGUGGGCCGACGACCUCGAGUUCCCCAUGGUGUCGACCAAAGGCCUCCUCGGCGAUGGCCAGGCCGCCUGCGAUGCCAUGGUGCACCGUGGCUGGCUGUCCAUGUACACCUCCAUCGACCCGGCGUCCAGCCACAACCAGGACAGCGCGCGGCACCAGGCGCUGAGCGAGGUGCGGAGGCUGGUGGACGCGUACAGCGACGAGGAGCGCAGCAUCACCGUCGUGGGACACAGCCUCGGCGCGGCGCUCGCCACGCUCAACGCGUUCGACAUCGCCGCCAACGGCUACAACGUGGCGACGGGCGCGGCGGCCUGCCCGGUGACCGCGUUCGCGUUCGCCAGCCCGCGCGUCGGCGGCGGCGGCUUCAAGAAGCGGUUCGACGCCGUGCCGGGGCUGCGUCUCCUGCGCGUCCGGAACGCCCGCGACGUCGUGCCCAAGUACCCGAUCGUGUUCUACCACGACGUCGGCGCGGAGCUCGCGAUCGACACGGGGGAGUCGCCGUACCUGAGGAGCCCCGGGCGCGAGCAUACCUGGCACAACCUCGAGGUGUACCUGCACGGCGUGGCGGGCACGCGGGGCGCGCGCGGAGGGUUCGAGCUCGCCGUGGCGCGGGACGUGGCGCUGGUGAACAAGCUAUACGACGUGCUGUGGGACGACUACGGGGUGCCGCCUGGGUGGUGGGUGCCGCUGAACAAGGGCAUGGUGGAGGGCGCCGACGGGCGCUGGAGCUUGAUGGACUGCGAGGAGGACGAGGAAGAUGAGUAGACGGCGAAGGGAAGCCGGAAGGAACACUUGCCAUGCAGGCAGCUUUAAUUUGUGUGUUUGUGCAUGAUUAUUGUUACUAUUAGAUGUCGAAAGGACAAAACCCAUACUGUUGAUUGACAGACAAGUAGUCAUUUGGUUAUGCAUGGGGAUGUUCCCUAUAUCUAUGUCACCUAAAGCAACUAAAGAAAUGAUUUAAG